AAGCCAUGUGGUGUGUUGGAUAGUUCUAGAAGAAGAACAUUGGCGAGGUGGUUGAAGGGCAAGUCAACGACUAUUAGUGGUCAUAAAUAAUUACUUGUUUAGUUUUAAAGAAACAUAACGAUUUGCCGCUUUCUUUCUUCGGUUACAUUGUAGUCGAAAUCGCAAUCGGUGUUUAUAAGCUGCAUAAAAUGUUGAGUGCGGCGCGAACAGUUUCAAGAACCAUCUCUAGCUCCCUAAGCUGUGGUCCAAGGUGUAUCCUCUUCGGUAAAAAGGCUUGCUGGAAUCGGUUGAUGGAUCAUGCUCACCGGUGUGCAGCCAGACGUGAAUAUGCUUCAGAAGCAAUCAAAGGAGCUGUGAUUGGCAUUGACCUGGGGACCACAAAUUCUUGUGUGGCUGUCAUGGAGGGUAAACAGGCAAAGGUCCUUGAAAAUGCAGAAGGAGCAAGGACAACCCCAUCAGUUGUAGCCUUUACAGCUGAUGGUGAGCGGCUGGUGGGUAUGCCGGCCAAAAGGCAAGCUGUCACUAACCCAAACAACACGCUCUAUGCCACCAAACGACUGAUUGGAAGGCGCUUUGAUGACUCAGAAGUUCAGAAGGAUUUGAAGAAUGUCCCAUACAAGAUAGUGCGUGCAUCUAAUGGUGAUGCCUGGAUAGAAGCCCAUGGCAAGCUGUACUCCCCCAGUCAGGCUGGUGCCUUUAUUCUCAUGAAGAUGAAAGAGACAGCAGAGAGCUACUUGGGCCAUUCAGUCAAGAAUGCAGUUGUGACUGUACCAGCCUAUUUUAACGAUUCUCAGAGACAGGCAACGAAGGAUGCAGGGCAAAUUGCAGGUUUAAAUGUGCUUAGAGUCAUCAACGAGCCUACAGCAGCUGCCCUAGCGUAUGGCCUUGAUAAGACUCAGGACAAGAUCAUCGCAGUAUAUGAUCUGGGUGGUGGUACCUUUGAUAUUUCUGUCCUGGAGAUCCAGAAGGGAGUAUUUGAAGUGAAAUCUACCAAUGGUGACACAUUUUUAGGUGGAGAAGAUUUUGAUCAGCACCUGCUAAAGCAUAUAGUAAAAGAGUUCAAGAGAGAGUCUGGUGUCGAUUUGACUAAAGACAACAUGGCAUUGCAAAGAGUGAGAGAGGCAGCUGAGAAGGCCAAAUGUGAACUGUCUUCCUCUCUGCAGACUGACAUCAAUCUACCUUACCUAACGAUGGACAGCUCUGGUCCCAAGCACUUAAACAUGAAGCUUACCCGUGCACAGUUUGAGGGCAUAGUGGCCGAUCUCAUCCGCAGGACUGUAGCCCCCUGUCAGAAGGCCAUGCAAGAUGCUGAAGUAUCCAAGAGUGACAUUGGAGAAGUGCUGCUGGUUGGAGGAAUGACUCGAAUGCCAAAGGUCCAGCAGACAGUACAGGAUCUGUUUGGUCGUGCACCCAGCAAAUCUGUAAACCCAGAUGAAGCCGUGGCAAUUGGGGCAGCCAUUCAGGGAGGUGUGCUAGCUGGAGAUGUUACAGACGUGCUCCUGCUGGACGUCACACCACUCUCUCUGGGCAUCGAGACCCUGGGAGGGGUCUUCACCAAACUUAUCAACCGAAAUACAACCAUUCCCACCAAGAAAAGCCAGGUGUUCUCUACAGCUGCUGAUGGUCAAACGCAAGUGGAAAUUAAAGUUUGCCAGGGUGAACGUGAAAUGGCAACGGAUAACAAGCUCCUUGGACAGUUUACUCUGGUUGGCAUCCCACCUGCCCCACGUGGUGUACCACAGAUUGAGGUCACAUUUGAUAUCGACGCUAAUGGAAUUGUGCAUGUUUCUGCCAAAGACAAAGGCACUGGUCGCGAACAGCAGAUUGUCAUACAGUCUUCUGGUGGCCUCAGCAAGGAUGAUAUUGAGAACAUGAUCAAGAAUGCAGAGAGGUAUGCAGAAGAGGACAGGCGGAGAAAGGACCGUGUUGAGGCUGUCAACAUGGCUGAAGGCAUUGUCCAUGAUACAGAGUCAAAAAUGGAGGAAUUCAAGGAUCAGCUGCCUGCAGAGGAGUGCAACAAGCUAAAAGACGAGAUUGCCAAAGUGCGAGAGCUUUUGUCACGGAAGGACGCAGAGACUGGUGAAAAUAUAAAACAGGCUGCCUCAAGCUUACAGCAGGCAUCUCUGAAACUCUUUGAGAUGGCUUACAAAAAGAUGGCCUCAGAUAGGGAAGGCAGCAGUGGCAGUUCGAGUGGACCUGAGACGGGAGAGAAAAAGGAAGACCAACAGUAGAGCCACUGUUGUGGUUGCCAUGGGACUGAAUUGAUUAGGAAUGAAUGUCUUUAGAGUUGCAUUCAAGUUAUUCGCAUACUGUGUUUUUGCAGUAUGGUAUACAGUACUAUUGUCAAUUUAUUGCAACCCUCACUCCCAAUGUUUUCAUAAUCAUCUGUUGUAAGGUUUUCUUUUUUGUUUUUUUCUUGUCAGUCAAUAUUAAUAAUGGUAAUUUGUCUGCUAAUUGUUGUCUGUGAUUUAGUACAUAAUGUCAUUACACUUUCCCCAUUUUACAUUAGCGUUGUAUUAAAUUUGUAAAUGAGUUUAAGAUCAUGCCCACUCUAAACUGAGUGGCUUUAUCUUCAGGAUGCUCCUCUGAGAGGUACUUGUUGGCCUUUUUCUGCCUCCUUGAAUAUUUGUAAUAUGUGCUGAACAUGCAUACAUAAUUAUUCAUUAAAACAUCUGAAUGGAAAAAUCA